AUGUCGCAAUCCUUACGGCCAUACCUCCAAUGCGUUCGCUCGUCUCUGACUGCUGCCCUUGCGGUCUCGAACUUUGCCUCCCAGACCUCAGAACGACAUAACGUCCCGGAAAUAGAAGCAGCUACUUCUCCAGAACUUCUUCUUAAUCCGCUGACGGUUGCGCGCAAUGAGAAAGAGAAAGUUCUUAUAGAACCUAGCGUAAACAGCGUUAGAGUUAGCAUCCGAAUCAAGCAGGCAGAUGAAAUCGAGCAUAUCCUCGUACAUAAACUCACCAGGUUCUUAACUCAGCGAGCAGAGGCAUUUUUUAUCCUCCGACGGAAGCCUGUUAAGGGUUACGAUAUCUCGUUUUUGAUCACAAACUUCCACACGGAAGCUAUGUUAAAACACAAGCUGGUUGACUUUAUCAUCGAAUUCAUGGAGGAGGUUGACAAGGAAAUAUCUGAGAUGAGACUAUUCGUGAGUCUAUUGCCGAUUGGAAUCCUUCUACCUUUUUACUAUUCCGGUUCACAUACAGGCCAAGCUUCUAACAUAAAUUCCUUUAGUUAA